AUGCCCUCCAAUGGGCCCUUCAUUUCAUGUGACCGUGGAACAAUUUUUGAGGUGAUUAGCCCAUUCUCCGAUAAUUUUUGCUGUGACUUGAGCGAAGUGUCGACUAUGGCAACUGUAACCUCGUCACACUUUGUAUCACAUGUCCACAGUGGAGCAACUUCAGUUGAGAGUAAAUCAAACUUGGUGCAGAUAGGCCUCAGGAAUCAAAUUGUGACUCACAAUGGGUUGAGAUCAAUGAACACGGUUGAUAUGCUCCAAUUGAGAACCAAUGCAAAAGUAACUGCAAAGGAAUCCAGGAGCAUAGUUAAAAAAAUCAGUGCUGGCAAACCGUCUGGAACGAUUAUAUGCGGGACAGGGAUGAACUUGGUCUUUGUAGCAGCUGAGAUCGGUCCAUGGAGCAAAACUGGUGGGCUAGGUGACGUUCUCGGAGGGUUGCCACCAGCCAUGGCAGCCAACGGCCACCGGGUGAUGACUGUGUCUCCACGUUAUGAUCAGUACAAAGAUGCUUGGGACACUAGCGUGUUUGUUAAGAUAGAAGUUGGAGGCAGAAUUGAGACUGUUCGCUUUUUCCACUGCUAUAAACGUGGAGUUGACCGUGUUUUUGUUGAUCAUCCAAUGUUCCUGGAGAAGGUUUGGGGAAAAACUGGAUCAAAGAUUUAUGGUCCGAAUGCUGGAACAGAUUACAAGGAUAACCAACUUCGCUUCAGCUUGUUAUGUCAGGCAGCUUUGAUGGCACCAAGAGUUCUGAAUUUAACCAGCAGCAAAUAUUUCUCAGGGCCAUAUGGGGAAGAUGUGAUCUUCAUCGCCAAUGAUUGGCACACAGCUCUGCUUCCAUGCUACUUAAAGACCAUGUACCAAUCUAGAGGAAUAUACAUGAAUGCCAAGGUUGCCUUUUGCAUCCACAACAUUGCCUAUCAGGGCAGGUUUUCGUUUUCAGACUUUUAUCUUCUUGGUCUGCCCGACAACUACAAAAGUUCCUUUGAUUUCAUUGAUGGGUAUCAGAAGCCAGUCAAGGGAAGGAAAAUUAACUGGAUGAAGGCUGGAAUUUUAGAAUCACACCGGGUUCUAACAGUGAGCCCUUACUAUGCCCGGGAACUCGUUUCUGGAGUUGAUAAGGGUGUAGAAUUGGACAACAUCAUUCGUAGGACGUGCAUAACUGGCAUCGUAAAUGGCAUGGAUACCCAAGAGUGGAAUCCUUCAACUGAUAAAUACAUUGAUGUCCACUACGAUAUCACAACUGUUAUGGAGGCGAAGUCUUUGUUGAAGGAAGCUCUCCAAGCAGCAGUUGGGUUGCCAGUGGACAGGAACAUUCCUGUGAUUGGAUUUAUUGGAAGGCUUGAAGAGCAAAAAGGCUCAGAUAUUCUCGCUGCUGCCAUUCCCAAGUUUAUUGGAAUGAAUGUGCAGAUAAUAGUACUUGGAACUGGCAAGAAAAGGUUCGAGCAACAGAUUAAACAGCUUGAGGUGUUGUAUCCUGAUAAAGCUAGAGGAGUGGCAAAAUUCAAUGUUUCCUUGGCCCACACGAUCACUGCUGGUGCUGACUUCAUGUUAAUCCCAAGUAGAUUUGAACCUUGCGGUCUCAUCCAGUUGCAUGCUAUGAGAUAUGGAACAAUACCCAUAUGUGCCUCAACUGGUGGUCUUGUUGACACUGUGAAAGAAGGAUUUACUGGGUUCCAUAUGGGAGAUUUCAACGUUGAAUGUGCCAAAGUCGACCCUGCUGAUGUGCUUAAGAUAGUUGUAGCUGUCAGCAGAGCUCUUGCAGUCUAUGGUACUCUUGCCUUCAGAGAAAUGAUAAAAAAUUGCAUGUCACAGGACCUCUCCUGGAAGGGACCUGCUAAGAACUGGGAACAGAUGCUGCUGAGCUUAGGGGCUGCCAACAGUGAACCUGGUAUUGAAGGGGAGGAAAUUGCUCCACUUUCCAAGGAAAACGUGGCCACCCCAUGA